AUGGUAGUGUUGCCGUUGCAGGUCUGGGAUGCGGCAGCGAGGGCUCAUGGAGUGUCGCUUAACGAUAAGCUGUUGAAGGGUCCAGACAUGAUAACGUUGCUACCAGCUGUUAUAAGUGGAUUCCGCGAGAGAAACGUGGCGUUUGGAGGUGACAUUAGGGAAAUGUUUCAUCAAGCAUGGGUUCGUGCAGAAGACCGUCAGGCACAACGGUUCCUAUUCGUGGGUCCGAACGGAGCGGUGGAAACGUACGUGAUGGAUGUGGUUAUCUUUGGCUCGACCUGUUCGCCUUGCUCCGCACAGUACGUGAAAAACUUGAACGCGCGGGAACAUGCCGAGCAGUAUCCGGAGGCUGCCGAAGCUAUCGUUCGAAAGCACUAUGUCGACGACUAUUUCGACAGUGCCGAUACAGUAGAGGAAGCGGUGAGACUAGCGAUGGAUGUGCGACGUGUACACGCCAACGGUGGGUUCGAGAUUCGGAACUGGGUUUCCAACUCACAGGAAGUGUUACGUCAGCUCGGAGAGGAGAAGUCUGUGGUGAAACCACUAGAAGUAGACAAGCAUUGCGCUACGGAGAGAGUCCUGGGAGUGCUGUGGGACCCGGAAGGUGAUCACUUCGUUUUCUCAACGGAGAUUCGCCAAGACCUUCAGCCCUACAUUCGGGAAGGUGCUUGGCCAACAAAGAGGAUUGUGUUGCGGUGCAUUGCCAGCAUGUUCGAUCCGAAGCAGUUCCUGGCUCCGCUGUUGAUACACGGACGGAUCAUAAUGCAGGAUUUAUGGCGUAGCGGCAUAGAUGCGGCAUAUGGAUGCGUGGCCUACUUCAGGUUCGAGGACGGCGAAGUCGUUCACUGCGCAUUCAUCGAGGCCAAAGCGAAGGUGGCGCCAUUACAGUACCUGUCUACACCACGGUUGGAGCUAGAAGCGGCUGUUCUCGGUGCGCGAUUGACAAAGUCGAUCUGCGAUGCCCAUUCCUUUCCGGUAGCGAAGCGGUUCCUGUGGUGUGACUCGGAUACGGUAGUAUCAUGGGUGAAAUCGGACCAACGAAGGUAUAAGCCGUUCGUUGCCUAUCGUAUUGGCGAGAUCCUCAACAUUACGAAUCCAGAAGAUUGGCGUUGGGUAGGAACGAAGGACAAUCCAGCGGACGAUUUGACGAAGUGGGGCAAAGGAACGGAGAUCAAGUCGGGAAGCCGAUGGUUCCAUGGACCGGAUUUUCUGUAUCACGGAGUGGAAGAAUGGCCGAAGCAAAAGCGUCCAAAGGUUGAAGUUGCCGAAGAGCUCCGGGCGAGCGUGCUGCUGCAUCACAUCGUGUUACCCGAGGGGUUUACGGAGAGGUUGCAGCAUAUUUCGCGUUGGACAGUAAUGGUGCGGACCCUAGCAACAGUGUUCCGAUUCGCGUCCAACUGCCGGCGACGCGUCAAGAAGCUGCCGAUCGAAGCCGUUAGGAAAGGUGUCAAGCAAGGAUCAACGUUCCCCGCCGUGGAUGUGCCGUUGCGACAGGAGGAGUACCAGGCUGCAGAAACAGUUUUGUGGAAGGUAAUUCAGGCAGACGAGUUUGCCGACGAAGUGAGGACCCUGGUGAAGAACAAGGAUUCGACAGUACAUGAAAUGUCACUAGAGAGGUCGAGUAAGCUGUAUCGUCUUGCGCCGUUCCUGGAUGAGGAUGGUGUCGUGCGGAUGGAAGGUCGUACAGAAGCGGCGGAAUAUGCGGCAUUUGAUGCGAGGUUUCCGAUCAUUCUGCCGAAGGACCACGUGGUGACUCGAAGGUUAUUAGAACACUACCAUCGGCAGUAUGGGUACAGCAGCAGAGAAACCGUUGUAAACGAAGUUCGGCAGCGAUUCUACAUUCCGUGUCUCCGAGCGCUAGUAGAUCAAGUGAUGCGAGCCUGUGUGUGGUGCAAGAUUCAAAAGGCGAAGCCAAUUGUUCCGAGAAUGGCACCCUUACCAGGGCAGCGUUUGGCGGCGAGGGUCGAUCCGUUUUCGUACGUCGGCAUAGACUAUUUUGGUCCACUGGAAGUGUCUAUUGGCCGAAGGAAGGAAAAGCGAUGGGUGGCACUUUUCACGUGCCUAACUGUGCGAGCGGUACAUUUGGAGGUGGCGUACAACUUGACGACUGAGUCGUGCAAAAUGGCGAUCAGGAGGUUUGUAAAGCGGCGUGGCAGUCCGAUCGAGAUCCUUUCGGAUAACGGCACGAACUUUGUCGGUGCUAGUCGAGAUCUGCUGAAGGAAAUAAAUCUAGCAUGUGCGGAUACCUUUACCGGUGCGAGGACUCGUUGGACCUUUAACCCACCGGCUGCCCCACACAUGGGAGGUGCGUGGGAGAGAAUGGUGCGCUCGGUGAAAGAGGCACUAAAAACGUUCACAGAUGGUCGGAAGCUGACGGACGAGAUCCUGCAGACGGCACUGAUCGAGGCGGAGAACCUGAUCAACUCUCGUCCACUCACCUACGUGUCCACCAACGUGAAGGAAGACAAGGAAGCGUUGACGCCGAACCACUUUUUGCGUGGUCGUUCAUCGGUCGAGUGUCUGCCGUCGAGGAAUCCCAUUGACAUGGCCAACACGUUGCGUAGUAGCUACCAUCGCGCACAGUUCUUGGCGGAUGGAUUCUGGGAUCGUUGGCAGAGGGAAUACCUGCCGAUGUUAAACAAGAGGUCUAAGUGGUUCGUGGAUCAGCGACAAGUAGCGGUUGGAGAUUUGGUGUUCGUGUCAGAUGGAGAGAAGCGAAACGUCUGGGAGCGAGGCGUGGUGAAGAAGGUGUUCGUUGGGAGUGACGGAAGAGUCCGUUCAGCGUCCGUUCAGACAAGCAGAGGCGAGAAGGUCAGACCGGUAGCGAAGCACUCAGGUCACUCGAAGCACUCAGGUCAAGCAGGUCACUUCGAAGGAGUAAUCCCCGUACUGUUCCUGAUGGAACCAGCCACAGGGUUUACGGGCGGGGGAAUGUUGCCGUUGCAGUCAGGCCUGAAAGGGUUGCGGUAG